AUGCGGAAUCGACCCUAUCCAGUGCUCAAGUGCUCAAUUCUACUCGCUGCGCACGACCGCUACUCGCCGCACGAGCUCUACUCGACCGACGGCACCGAGGCGGGGUUCAAGGCGGGCGACUCUCGGCUCUCGGGCAACGAGAACAUGUGGCGGGGAGACCAGUUCGAGCCAGCGACGCGGCGGCGUGAGCGAUCGCUCAACUUUAAGCCGAACAAGGCGACGGGCGAGGAGGGCUUCCUCGGGCUGGCGGCCAACGCGGAGACGGCGCUGCAGACGGUGAAGGACAAGGUGCUGGCGGAGGAGGUGGCGGGCGAGGCGCUCGACUCGCUCUGUGCCGAGGGUGGCGUCGGUGGCGGUGACGGCCAGUGUCAUCCCUCUGAGGGCUCCGCGGAAGGGCUGCGGCACUUCUGCGUGGAGCGAGGGCUGCGGCACUUCGGCCUGCAUCGCGACGCGGUCGGCUGGCGCUUUCGCGAGUGGGCGCCCUCGGCUGCCGCCGCGUCGCUCGUCGGUGACUUCAACGGAUGGGACGUGACGGCGCACCCGUGCGAGGAGGUCGGCGGAGGGGUGUGGGAGGCCUUGGUGAGGGACGAUGACACGACGCUGCUCGCGCCGCUCCGCGUCGGCGCGAGGUUCAAGGUGCAGCAGGACCCGUCUUCGUACGAGGUCUGCGCGCUGGUGCCGCGCAGCCUCGGCGGCUUUGCGUGGCAGCACGCCCGCCCGUCGCGGCCGCCCGGCUCGCUGCGCGUGUACGAGGUGCACGUGGGGAUCGCCACCGCGCGGGAGGAGGAGCACGGCUACUACGCCUCGUUCGGGUACCAGGCCGGUACUUUUGUGUCGCCUCAGCGGCUGACCGUCGCCGCUUCCGUUCACCAGGCGCUCGUCGACGCGGCGCACGGGAGGGGGCUCCUCGUGCUCGGGGAGAUGGUCCUCGCGCACUCGGCACUCGUCCGCCGGGAGGGCUUGCCGCAGCACGCAGGCGGAGGGCCCUACUUCCUGCCCGGCGAGGCAGGCCACCACCCGGGCUGGGGCUCGCGCCUCUUCGACUACUCUCGCACCGAGGUGCUGCGUCUCCUCCUCGCCACCAUCGCCCACUUCGCAGAAGCGUACCGCCUCGACGGCUUCCGCCUCGACGCGGCCUCGACUGUCCUGUACCGCCACCGCUGCCUCGGCCUCUCUCCGGCCCACUUUUGCGGCGCGCGCUACGAGGUCGCAUCGCGAUGCGGGCUCACCUUUGUGAUGCUCGCGAACCUGCUCGCCAAGCGCGCGCUGCAGCCGCCCCUCCUCACCGUCGCCGAAGAGAGCUCCGGCUACCCCGGCCUCUGCGCGCCGACGCACGCCUGGGGCGCCGGCUUCGACUACCGCAUGGCGAUGGGCAUCCCGGACCUGUGGGGCCGCGAGCUGGCGCUGGCGCACGCGCCCGCCGACGCGCCCCUCCCCGUGUGCGACGAGCGGAGGCUCGCCUACGCCGAGUGCCACGACCAGUCGCUCGUCGGGGACCAGGCGCUCGCGUUUCGCCUGAUGGGCGCGGCCAUGUACGACGGCAUGUCGGCAGGCGCACCGCCGAGCCCCGCCGUGGCACGCGGCGUCGCGCUGCACAAGGUCUCUCGGCUGCUCACCUACGCGCUCGCCGCCGACGCGUACCUCAACUUUGUCGGCAACGAGUUUGGCCACCCCGAGUUCCUCGCCGACGACCCCGGCCUGCGCUACGCGCAGCUCCUCGCCUUUGACCGAGCGAUGCACGCCGCCGAGGCGUCGCUGCGGUGGCUCUCCUCGCCGCCGCCGACCCGCGGCGACGAGGCGCGGCGCUCUCCACGCCCGAGCCCGUGA